AUUUUCAACACCCCCCAAAAAAAAAUCUAAAAAUUAAUCUUUAUGCAGCAAGCAACGGCGUCAUUUUGGUCGUCCUGCUCGUGCCCGCAGUCGCACAGCUUCAGAAUUUCCCUCGGGCUUUGCAGAGAGAGAGAGAGAGAGAGAGAGAGAGAGAGAGAUGGGGAGCAAAGAACCGAGAGGAGGGGGAGAAGAAGAAGACGAAGAAGAAGGACCUCCACCUGGGUGGUCUUCCAUUCCUCCCCCGCAGCCACAUUCCGAAAUGGCUCAAAUGGUUUGUGGCUCUUGCCAUCAUUUGCUUGCUUAUCCACAAGGAGCCAAACAUGUACAGUGCUCAUGUUGUCACACAGUAAAUGUCGUUCUGGAAGCUCAUCAGGUUGGACAAGUUAAAUGUGGCGGAUGUGCAGUGUUGCUGAUGUAUCCAUAUGGAGCUCCAUCUGUUAGGUGUUCCUCUUGCCACUUUGCAACAGAAAUUGGAGUGCACAACAAACGUCCUCCAUUGUCUGUGCAACAGGCCCAAGCAACUGCAGCUCCCUACUCUCUCCAGUGAACUUUUUUUUUUUUUUUUUUCCCCUUUUUUUUUUUUUCUUUUUUUCUGUUGCAGAUGCCAGAUAAGACCAGCAGGCCAACCUGUAAUUUUAACUUUUUUCCCUCAUAUUUUAACUGCCCCAUAGGAGGCUUUUUAUGCGAUCUCUACAAGAAGAGCUCACAGUUGUAAGAAAAUCACCAGAAUUCCUUUGAAUUUCAAUCCCAUGGUCCUUUCUUAUUCUCA